AUGGUGUAUGCCAUAAUGGAAAUUAAUGCAUCUGAUGAUCUUCUGCCAAAUGUAACACUGGGCUUCUCACUCUAUGAUUCUUGCUACAAUGAGCUGAGAUCAUUAACUGGAACCAAAUGGAUUUUAUCAGGAAUAAAAGAUGCUGUUCCAAAUUUUAAUUGCAACAAGCACGUUAGGCCAUUGGGAAUUAUUGGUGAUGUUCUCUCUAAGGCCUCAAUACCUAUAGCCAGGAUCUUGGGACUCUACAGAUAUCCACAGGUUAGCUAUGCUUCAGCUACACCUUCACUGAGUGAUAAAACACAAUUCCCAUCCUUCCUUAGGACAAUACAUAACAUUUAUUAUGAAUGUUUCAUUGUUGUUGACCUAUUGAAGUAUUUCAACUGGACCUGGGUGGGGAUAAUAGUUUCAGAUAAUGACUUGGGGAGAGCAAGUCUUCAAAUAGUAACAAGAGAACAUGAAAAAAACGGUGGGUGCUUUGCACUUCAAGAAAUACUUCCCAUAUUCCCUUCCAUUGAGUCUGUUCUCCGAAUUGUUGAUGCUGUUAAAAAGUCCAAAGCAACAGUGAUAGUUUUAUUUUGCACCACAGAAAACCUUGUCUCUUUAAUGGAACAGGCUUCUUUUCACAAUAUCACUGACAAAGUGUGGGUGGGAACAACCGGCUGGUCCAUUACUACUGAUUUCCCUAGAAGAGACAUUUUAACAACCUUAAAUGGGAGCCUUGGAUUAGCAAAUCAAAAUGGUAAAAUACCAGGAUUUAAGGAAUUUCUUUAUAGCAUCCAUCCUUCCAUAUUUCCAAAUGACCCUUUCAUGAAGACAUUUUGGGAGAAUGCUUUUCACUGUGUUUGGCCAGGAAAUUAUGCCUACAAUAAUACAUCUCCAGCACUGCUUAAAAAUGGCACUGUUUGGUGCACAGGAAAGGAGAGACUGGACAGUAUUGAUACUAACAUAUAUGAUGUUUACAACUUUAAAUAUACAUACAAAGUACAUAAUGCAGUCUUUGCAGUAGCUCAUGCUUUGCACCAGAUGAAGAACUGUGUUCCAGGGAAAGGGCCUUUCAAGAAUGGAUCUUGUGCUGAUAUUUAUGACCAUCAGCCUUGGCAGCUGCUUCAUUACCUCAAGAGAGUUGACUUCAAGAACACUGCAGGGGAACAAAUAUUUUUUGAUCAGAAUGGAGAUGUUCCUAUCUCUGUAGAUAUCCUGAAUUGGCAGCUGUUCCCCAAUGGAAGUAAUAAGUAUGUCUAUAUUGGCAGCAUUGACGCUGGAGCUCCAAAAGGCCAACAAUUUAGUAUUCAGCUGAACAAGAUUCUAUGGAAUGCAGGAAAUAGUCAAGUCCCUGUCUCAGUCUGCAGUGAUCCAUGUCCAAGAGGUUACAGAAAAGCUGCACUUCAAGGGCAGAAAGUCUGUUGCUUUGAUUGUCUGCCAUGCUCUGAAGGAGAGAUUCUAAACCCAAAUGAUAACAGUGAAUGCUUCAAGUGCCCAGAAGAUAAAUGGCCCAACAGCAGAAAAGAAGAGUGUCUACUGAAACCCAUUAAAUUCCUUUCUUAUGAAGAGACGCUGGGUUCCUCUUUAGCUUGUAUUUCAAUUGUAUUUUGCCUCCUUACAUUUUCAGUCUUCUGUCUGUUCAUAGUUAAACAGGAGACUCCCAUAGUAAAGGCCAAUAACAGAGAGCUCAGUUACCUACUUCUCAUCUCCCUAAUGUUUGGCUUCCUGUGUUCCUUGGCAUUCAUUGGUAGACCCAACAAGUUAAUGUGCAUGAUACGCCAGGUCAUGUUUGCCGUCAUUUUUUCACUUUGCAUAUCUGCCAUACUAGCAAAGACUAUCACUGUCAUAAUAAUAUUUAGUGCUACAAACCCAAACAGCAAAAUUAAUAAAUUAGUAGGAUUCAGAAUACCUGUUUAUAUUGUCCCUGCAUGCACACUAGUUCAGAUAAUGUUGUGUAUUAUUUGGUUGACCAGGGCAGCUCCAUUUGCAGAAUUCAAUAUGGCAGCAGAAAAAGGAAUAAUAGUGAUCGAUUGCAAUGAAGGAUCCAGAGUGUUAUUUGCUUGUGUCUUGGGGUACAUGGGUCUGUUAGCUACUAUUAGUCUAUCAGUUGCCUUUCUGGCUAGGAAACUCCCUGAUACAUUUAAUGAGACCAAGUUCAUUACAUUCAGUAUGUUGGUAUUUGCCAGCGUUUGGGUGACAUUUAUACCCGCUUACCUCAGUACUAAGGGUAAAGAGACAGUGGCAGUAGAAAUAUUUGCUAUACUAUCUUCAAGUGCUGGACUUCUUGUUUGCAUUUUCUUGCCAAAAUGUUAUAUAAUAUUACUGCACCCAGAACUGAACAGCAAAGAAUAUAUCACAAGAAGAAAUGCGAGAAGCCAGCAGAUAUGA